ACGUCACCAAUCUAGCGUCUAUCUAAAAUGGCGGCCGCCGAGAUUCAGGUCGCGAAUUCGUCAAAUUUAGCGAAAAUAGAAAGUUUUUUCACAGAUUCUAGUUACAAGGAGUUAAUAGAGAACUCUUCUACUUUUAAUUCACGACUAUGUGCCGAAAGGCGGAUGCGAAUGCCCUUUAUCGACACCCAAACGGGUGUCGCACAGAGUCAUUGCAACCUAUUUAUGACAAGAAAACAGCGCAUGCCGGGCGCAAGAGAGGGCCAAGUCUACACAUAUCCUUCACAGAGAUGGCGGAAAGCCCGUCGCCAGUACCUCACAAUGUCCUCAAAUCGAUGGGGCUGGAGUGCUACGGAUGCUGCAGAGAACACUGGAGAGGGUGAGAACAGUUCUGGUGUGCCCGGAGAAUUGCUGGCUGGUGACGACAGUAGGGAUGGCUCUCAAACCGCUGCUAAAGAUGAUCCCAAGGAAUGGUUCUACGACGAACUGGCUAUGGAAGAAAUGGAGACUGGAGAAGAGCCCGAAGCGGAAUCAGACGAGGAUUACUACGAUGAUACUUAUGCGAACCGGCGCAGACGACGUGGAGGUAGCACACCCACCGGGCCAGGUUCGAGAGGCGGCAGGACUCGGAAAUCACAACCUGAUGAUACACCUGCUAAGAGGGGACGAUCUGGUCGCGGACGCAAACGUGCAGGGCAAGGCACACUUCCAUACGAAUGUCCCGGUGAUUCGGAGAAGCCGUUCGCCUGCGAACUAUGCGGUGCAAAAUACAAAACUCGCGCCGGUCUAGUGUAUCACUUCACACACACACACAAGGACCCGCCGGCGGGCGCGCCCGCUGCCGGCAGCGACGGAGACUCGCGCGACGCCACGCGCACCCCUCCCGCGCCGCAGCCGCCUGUCGCGCCUGCCACUGAGUACCAAGACAGUUACGUGACUUUUCUGAAUAACCCGCAAGGCCCCGGCAUGUUAGGCGUGCCAACGCCAGUCCAGCGUCGGCCAUCCCCACCCCCGCGCCCAGCGUCAGCUGACACGUCCUCGUCGGAUUCCGCACUUGUGCCACUGGUACCGCCCGGCACUGCCGCGGCUGCAGCAGCUGCAGCGGCCGCGGCUGCGCCACCACCCGUCCCGGUCAUGCCGGAGAUUAAAGAGGGAGAGAUUAAGGCGUCACCAUCACCCUACUGUGACUUCUGUCUCGGCGAUGACCGCGAAAACAAAAAAACAGGCGUACCAGAAGAGCUCGUCAGCUGUUCCGACUGUGGAAGAUCAGGACACCCAACGUGCCUCCAGUUCACGGCAAAUAUGAUCGUGUCCGUACGCAAGUAUCGUUGGCAAUGCAUCGAGUGCAAGUGCUGCUCAGUCUGCGGCACUAGUGACAAUGACGAUCAGCUGUUAUUCUGCGAUGACUGCGACCGCGGAUACCACAUGUACUGCCUAGCGCCGCCACUCGACACGCCGCCGGAGGGCUCUUGGUCCUGCGCGCUGUGCAUCAAGGAGUUCCACAACAAGUGAACUGAUUGUAUAAUAAAAUGGAGGCGAGAGAAGAUACGAGCUAGAGUAGACGUAAGUAAGCACUCUGCCAGAGACAGGAUGUAACAGUGUUGCCAUAGAAUUAUGCUAUUCGGGCCGAGCGCGAUUUGCUAUAUAUUAUGAAUACUAAAACUCUUCCUAUCGUAUCGCUGGCGUACACUAUAUCAUAGAGAACCAGAACUUGCCACGCCUACCACGUUAGGUAGACAUCCAGAUACAAGCCAUUUAAAAAAGCUCACUUGAACAAAUUGUCCUUGCUCCGACCAACCUGAAUCCGAAGCCUACUUGAAAAGAAAAACUCUAGGACAGCGGAACAAAGUUAGAUGGCACACUUUCGCGCCUGAGAUUAGUGCACAAAAAAACC